AUUAUUCGCAGGUGUGUUCCAAGAUUUAUGUCAAUUGUGUAUACUACUUUUAUCCACAUAUUUAUCACAUGAGAUUCGGUUAUUGUACUUGUAUAUAACAUUUUACUUCUGAGUUAGAGAGAACGAAGUAGCCACCAGAACACUUCAGUGAGAUCUGACAAAUAUGCAACUACACUGUCAGACUUGAAACAGUUAUCUUAUCUUAUGAGAUUCCUCACUGAUUAAGUGUUAAGAGGAACGCUUUGCAUUGAGGUUGUGGCUUGAAGGAUACGUGUUCAGGGAAUUUCAAUUCUGCUUUCUUCAACAUGCUAUCAACUUGCUUCAAUCUACAACCCAGUUUAACGUACAUAUUAUGUGAUCAUUUCAUUUGGAUUCACAUGUUCAAAACCCUGUAGUCACGCAUCAAUUAAAAGCGCUGAAGUCUCGAUUUCGAUCAGUCAGCUAGCAAUUCCAAUGGAAAUCAGAAUUCAUUCAACCGAUAGAGAUAUUUAUUCCUAAGUUGAUAGAAAACAACCUCACAGGAAACGAAUGUUUGAAGAGAAUCAAUUUCGCCCUUAUUUAAUAUUAUGAGAAUUGGGUAAUUGCGUGUGGUCAGUGUCAUUCCAUUUUGAUAACCAGUAGAAGAUGUUGAGAAAUUAUCCUUGAGUAUGCGAGGGAAUAAAGAGGCUGUGAUGAGUGCUGUAUUAGAAACUAUUCUUUUGCAUAAUCUCUCAACUUUGAUUAUCAUUUUCUGUAUUUUCAGGUUUGGCAUACACACUCAAAAACGCUGACCUAUAUGGUCCGUUCCAAGAAGAGCAUUCCCUUCAUAAAUGUAUUGUCGAACAGCGUGAAACUCACAUCGCUAGGAUGGAUGUAGCAAGAGGAGAUAACUGUGAUCAGUUUAAACCACCAGGAAGCAUAGAAGAUAUUCAGAAAUUGAAGGAUGCAGUAGAAGCUUCAUAUGUUGAAAGAAGGGUGUAUGGCCUAUACAUCUUGCUCAGAAAAAUUCACAAGACUGCCAUCGAGAGGUUGGAAAGAGCGGGAAGAGAAAACUAGAAGAGAAUAUGAAUUUCUUCCUCACGCUAGACCGUGAAACGUGUCUUCUGGACAUUAUUGAAAUGUACUGCUGUGCAGUGGAUUUCAUGAACACUUUUAAUUAAAUAAUUCACUUUCUUUAUAAUGUUAACUGUCUGUCUUCUAAAUACAUUUUAUUCACGCAA